UAGCCACCGAAAGGCUGCAGCGUUACUCGGGCGGGAGGCGGAGGGAGGGGGACGUGUCCCUCUGCUCUGCCCUCGUGAGGCCUCGCCCGGAGGCUGCGCCCGGCUCUGACCCGGCACAAGCAGGAUGUGCCCGCCGGGCCGGCACGAAGGGGCAAGGAAGCAGCGGGCACAAAGAUGCUCAGAGGGCCAGAGCACCUCUCCUAUGGAGCCAGGCUGGGAGAGCCGGGCAUGUCCAGCCUGGACAGGAGCGGGCUCCGGGGGAGGCCUCACUGCGGCCCUCCAGUGGCUGAAGGGGCCUAUAGGAAAGGCAGAGAGCGAUUUCUUCGCAUGGGCAGUCAGCGAGAGGAAAAGGGGGAACGAUUUGAAACCAGAAGAGGGAAGAUUUAGAUUAGAUGUUAGGAAGAGCUGUGAGGGUGUCGAGACACUGGAGCAGGCCGCCCAGAGAAGCUGUGGAUGCCCCAUCCCUGGAAGGCGCUAUUCCAGGCCAGGCUAGAUGGGGCCCUGAGCACCCUGGUCUAGUGGAUGAUGUCCCUAUCCAUGGCAGGGGAGUUAGAACCAGAUGAUCUUCAAGGUCCCUUCCAAGCCAAAGCAUUCUGGGCCUCCACGAGGGUGCAAAGAGGUCACCGGCUACCGGACCAUGGAAUGUUACCAAACGGUUGCCAUGCGGGCUUCCGCACGGAGGGGUCAGGAGCCCAACACUCCAUCGACAGUUGGCAGUUGGCGGAUACUCUGCUGGGAAGCAGGUGCAGAGCCUCUGUCUUCUCUGUCCCUGGUGGGAACAGAAGGCGAUUUGCUGAUAAUUUUCAAGAAAAAUUCUCAACUAACUGUACAGGUUUGGAAGAACAUCAUUCUCUGAUUCCUAGAAAUCAGGACUUUGUAGCCUGUUCUACCUAAGGAAUCUAAGGGAUCGAUUGCUGUAACUUCCCUGAAAUUCCUUUUUUGGUGUUUGUCCCACUGACUUUUCCAGUGGUUUUAGAUCACAAGACACCAUGAGCACAAAUCGGCGAAAGCGCCGUGGAGGAGCCAUUAAUUCCAGACAAGCUUCGAAACGAAGCAGGCUGCUGGCUUCUAGUGCAGGUGAAGCUUCAGCAGCAGAGCCAAUAGACCUCGAAGAAAGUCGCGUGCUUUCUUUUGAUCUUGCUGUUGACGAAAUCAUAGAUCUCACAGACGAAUCUGCUGAGCCUGAAGUCAUUGAUCUAACUGGUGAUGAUUCUGUUGUGCAGUGGGAGCAGAACCAGCAGCACCCAGUUGUUUCCAGUGCAGCAGAUAAUUCAGUUGUGCUACUGACAAGUGAUGAUGAAGAGGAACCAAGAGAUAAUGAUGGUUCUCCUCUCUCUAGCACACGGCCAGCAGUUACUGUUACCUCUCCAAUUUGGAUAGAGGAGAACUCACAGCAGUGGGAGCAGAACCAGCAGCACCCAGCUGGAAACCCAGUUGUUUCCAGUGCAGCAGAUAAUUCAGUUGUGCUACUGACAAGUGAUGAUGAAGAGGAACCAAGAGAUAAUGAUGGCACACGGCCAGCAGCUCCUGUUACCUCUCCAACUUGGAUAGAGGAGAACUCACAGAAUCGGCGAAAGCGCCGUGGAGGAGCCGUUAAUUCCAGACAAGCUUCGAAACGAAGCAGGCUGCUGGCUUCUAGUGCAGGUGAAGCUUCAGCAGCAGAGCCAAUAGACCUCGAAGAAAGUCGCGUGCUUUCUUUUGAUCUUGCUGUUGACGAAAUCAUAGAUCUCACAGACGAAUCUGCUGAGCCUGAAGUCAUUGAUCUAACUGGUGAUGAUUCUGUUGUGCAGUGGGAGCAGAACCAGCAGCACCCAGUUGUUUCCAGUGCAGCAGAUAAUUCAGUUGUGCUACUGACAAGUGAUGAUGAAGAGGAACCAAGAGAUAAUGAUGGUUCUCUUCUCUCUAACACACGGCCAGCAGUUACUGUUACCUCUCCAAUUUGGGUAGAUGACUACUCAGAGUGGGAGCAGAACCAGGAGCACCCACUUGUUUCCAGUGCAGCAAACAAUUCAGUUGUGCCACUGGUGAAUGAUGAUGAAGAGGAACCAAGAGAUAAUGAUGGACCCAGUGCUACCCUUACAAAUGUGCUGUACCAGGAUUGCUUCCUAGGGCAGUGGGAGCAGAACCAGCAGCACCCAGCUGGAAACCCAGUUGUUUCCAGUGCAGCAGAUAAUUCAGUUGUGCUACUGACAAGUGAUGAUGAAGAGGAACCAAGAGAUAAUGAUGGCACACGGCCAGCAGCUCCUGUUACCUCUCCAGUUCAGAUAGAGGAGAACUCACAGUGGGAGCAGAACCAGGAGCACCCACUUGUUUCCAGUGCAGCAGACAAUUCAGUUGUGCCACUGGUGAAUGAUGAUGAAGAGGAACCAAGAGAUAAUGAUGGACCCAGUGCUACCCUUACAAAUGUGCUGUACCAGGAUUGCUUCCUAGGGCAGUGGGAGCAGAACCAGCAGCACCCAGCUGGAAACCCAGUUGUUUCCAGUGCAGCAGAUAAUUCAGUUGUGCUACUGACAAGUGAUGAUGAAGAGGAACCAAGAGAUAAUGAUGGCACACGGCCAGCAGCUCCUGUUACCUCUCCAACUUGGAUAGAUGACUACUCAGAGCUUCUUGAAGGGUAUGAACAACAAAGGAGAAAUCUUACACCAAGAAGCCAGCAACUGUUGGACAGCCCUGUACUGCGCAGUUAUGAUGAAUAUGAAACAGCAGAUGAUGUGACUGACGUAGAGUCUGAAGUGACUGACGUAGAAUCUGAAGUGACUGACGUAGAAUCUGAAGUGACUGAUGUAGAAUCUGAAGUGACUGACGUAGAAUCUGAAGUGACUGAUGUAGAAUCUGAAGUGACUGACGUAGAAUCUGAAGUGACUGAUGUAGAAUCUGAAGUGACUGACGUAGAAUCUGAAGUGACUGACGUAGAGUCUGAAGUGACUGACGUAGAAUCUGAAGUGAUUGACAUAGAGUAUGGAGCGGCUGACAUGGAGUAUGGAGCAGCUGACAUACAGUAUGAAGCAGCUUAUGUAGAGCCUGAAGUACGGAGAUCACUGGACGAGGAACUGGCAAUUUCAGAGGAAUGGCAACGAGCUGUAAGGUGCCCGAUCUGCAUGGAUUUUUUUUCACAGAUUAUACGAAGUGUCCGACAGGUUGUGUCAACCCAGUGUGGCCAUCUCUUCUGCAGUCGGUGCAUCGCUGUUGCCCUUGAGAAUUCCAGGGCUUGCCCAACCUGCAGAACAGAACUCCCUCCCAGAGACUAUCAUCCCGUUUAUUUCUGAGUACUUCUGUUUCUCAGGACAGAAGUAUCCCCCCCAAU